CCACUCCAACCAUGCAACCCGGCCCAACUCAUUUUCAGACAUCCUUCAACCCACCCUUGCACCGAAUCCAACAAAAACCCUAACCCCUAGAAGCCUUAGAACUGAGAGAACUACAAGCUUGGACCUUCAACGAAAUUCAAUCAAGCAUCAGACCAGUGAGUUAUUUUAAAUCCUGCGUUUCAAUUUAUCAUUGAAUCUUGCAGAGUAAAUUAACAAGAAAUGGCGACUCAGCAACAAGGAGAAGAAGAUAAGCAAACACAGAGUCCCUCAACUACUGGCUGGAGAGAGUUGAUUGGACUACCGUAUCAAAAGAUCAAAGAAAACAUAGAAGCUAACCGAUAUGUGUGGACUGCUUAUGUUGUUGUAUAUGGUGGAUUUGGUCUUUGGCUUACCUACAGAUGGAGAAAGCUUCGUAGGACUGAGGACAGGGUACGUGCCCUUCAAGAACGACUGCGCAAGCUUGCUGAAGCUAGAGAGCAGGCAGCCUCUGCCACAUCAGUUGAAAAGGCAGCUCCAGUUGAAAAGGCUGCACCAAUUGAAAAGGCUUCAUUGUUGGCUAAUAAAUCUCCCCAAUAGUAAACAUCAAUUGCCAAGUUUAAUCUUCUUUUUCCCUGAAAAACUGCUUAGACUACAGCUACAGAAUUUUCAGGCUUCCUUGUAGGCGAGAAUUGAAGAAAUCCCAAAUGUUUGAUGGCUUGGAGGAAUAAAUUUUAUUCGAUUACAAUUUCUUCCUGAAGUUUUGUUUGGCUUCAUGGCUUUAUUGUAUUGAAAAUCUGGCAUAUUCUUUUCAUGCCCAGGUAGUCAUUUUGCAAUACCAUUAAAAAGAAAAUGUAGAUCAGUUGGAAA